AUUUCAGGGAACAAGAACAGCGCUAACUUAAAAAACCGGGAAAGAACCGAUUUUAUUCCGCUUGUCGGUGAGCAAAUGACCACCAUAUUACGAACAAAAAGCACACACUCACCCGAUUCGAUUAAGCCCUGAUCCAGCCAUAAUUAGGAUUUGUAGAACCUAAAACAAGGCAUUUGCAUUGCUACAUUUUGCAAUAGAAGACGAAGAUUUCUCUCUCGCAUUGCUUAUUGAGAGCACUCGCAGAGUCUCCUGAAUCCUAGAAUUUCCUUCUCGUUCUGUAUGUGGUGGAUCUAGACCUUGAAUAUUGUUCUUUAUAGGAGCUUGAGUGAUCAGCUGGUGAUAUAAAGCUCGCAUUGCCUGAAAUGGGAGAGAAAUCGAGGUCCAGGGGAUGCUUUGGGUGGCUCAUUGUGGCUGUAGUAUUGGCAUUGGUUGUGGUUGCCGUUGUUUACACUGUUAAAAAGAAAACUAAUAAAUCCGAUGAGGCUUCUCCUGUUCCAGGGCCCCCUGGAGCCGUCGAGAAGCAGUACGCUGAUGCUCUUAAAAUCGCUAUGCAAUUCUUCGAUGUGCAAAAAUCUGGGAAGUUGGAGGAUAACAAGAUAUCUUGGAGAGGGAAUUCGGCUCUUAAGGAUGGAAGUGAAGCGAAACUGGACCUCUCAAAAGGAAUGUAUGAUGCCGGAGAUCAUAUGAAGUUUGGUUUUCCAAUGGCUUUUACCGCCACAGUGUUAUCUUGGGCCAUCCUUGAGUAUGGGGAUCAAAUGGAUGCUGUUAAUCAGUUGGAACCCGCUCAAGAUUCGCUCAAGUGGAUCACUGACUACCUUAUCAAUGCUCAUGCUGCGGACAAUGUGCUCUAUAUUCAGGUUGGUGAUCCUAAGACAGACCAUGGUUGUUGGGACAGGCCUGAGGACAUGACUGAGAAGAGGCCUCUCACUCAGGUGAACACAUCUUCUCCCGGAACAGACGUUGCAGCUGAAACUGCAGCUGCUAUGGCUUCAGCAUCACUGGUGUUUAAGAAAAGUGACCCCACAUAUUCAAGCACGCUCCUUAAGCAUGCUGAACAGUUAUUUACUUUUGCUGAUAAACACAGGGUUUCCUACAGUGAGAGCAUCCCUGAAGUUCAGACUUAUUACAAUUCAACAGGAUACGGGGAUGAGCUCCUGUGGGCAGCUAGCUGGCUCUACCAUGCUACAGGGGAUAAAUCAUAUCUUCAAUAUGUGACUGGGGAAAAUGGAAAAUCCUUUGCAAACUGGGGAAGUCCAACAUGGUUUAGCUGGGACAAUAAACUAGCGGGAACACAGGUUCUGUUGUCCAGAUUAACCUUCUUUGGUGAGAAAGACUCUUCAAACUCAGGCCUUCAAAUGUACAGGAAAACAGCAGAUGCUGUGAUGUGUGGCCUUAUACCGGAUUCUCCAACUGCCACAACUAGUAGAACUGAUGGUGGCCUUAUAUGGGUCAGUGAAUGGAAUGCGCUGCAACAUCCUGUUGCUUCUGCAUUUUUAGCCACUAUUUAUAGUGACUACAUGCUUACUUCAAGGACUGCAAAGCUAUCGUGCAAUGGAGAAUCAUACAAACCAUCAGAUCUUCGGAAAUUCGCCAAGUCCCAGGCUGAUUAUGUCUUGGGUGACAAUCCUCUGAAAAUGAGUUUUCUAGUUGGAUAUGGUGACAAGUAUCCACAGUAUGUGCACCAUAGGGGAGCUUCAAUCCCAGCUGAUGCAACAACCGGCUGCAAGGAUGGCUGGAAAUGGCUUGAUUCAGAGAAACCCAAUCCCAACGUCGCGGUUGGAGCACUUGUGGGUGGGCCCUUCCUGAAUGAAACAUAUGAUGAUUCUCGGAACAACUCAAUGCAAGGGGAACCAAGCACAUAUAACGGUGCGGUAGUUGUUGGGCUGCUCUCGAGUCUGGUCACCACCUCUUCAGUAGUUCAGUCCUUUACUUAAAUCAACCUGGGUACAUAUCUAGUUACGCGUUGUUUGUAUUAUAUGUAGUUUUUACUUGUCAGGUUAUUUGUUUCCCUGCAAAUUUGGUUUCUUAAAUCUUAAAUAGUUUGUUUUGUAUUGUGAAACCUGGGUUGGGGUUCUUGUGCAAGGAGCAUUCUUUUUGUUGUACCUGGAGGAAUAACCCUAAAUACGAAUCCUUUGCUUGAGAAUUUCUUCCUUCAAA